AUGCCCAACCACCUAAAUACCCAACCACCGAAACACCCAACCACCGAAACACCCAACCACCGAAACACCCAACCACCGAAACACCCAACCACCGAAACACCCAACCACCGAAAUACCCAACCACCGAAAUGCCCAACCACCGAAAUACCCAACCACCGAAAUACCCAACAAGCAAAAUACCCAACCACCGAAAUGCCCAACCACCGAAAUACCCAACCACCGAAACACCCAACAAGCAAAAUACCCAACCACCGAAAUGCCCAACCACCGAAAUACCCAACCGCCGAAACACCCAACCACCGAAAUACCCAACAAGCAAAAUACCCAACCACCGAAAUGCCCAACCACCGAAAUACCCAACCACCGAAACACCCAACCACCGAAAUACCCAACAAGCAAAAUACCCAACCACCGAAAUGCCCAACCGCCGAAACACCCAACCACCGAAAUACCCAACAAGCAAAAUACCCAACCACCGAAAUGCCCAACUGCCGAAACACCCAACCACCGAAAUACCCAACAAGCAAAAUACCCAACCACCAAAAUGCCCAACCGCCGAAACACCCAACCACCGAAAUACCCAACAAGCAAAAUACCCAACCACCGAAAUACCCAACCACCGAAAUACCCAACAAGCAAAAUACCCAACCACCGAAAUACCCAACCACUGAAACACCCAACCACCGAAAUACCCAACAAGCAAAAUACCCAACCACCGAAAUACCCAACCACUGA